AUGUCUCCGCUGCAGCUGUCCGUCUACUGGCGCCUCUCUCUCGUCUUCUUCUUCAACGCCUUCCUCUUCUUCCUCGACAUUUUCACGGCCGCCGUCGUCGCGACCGUUUGUCACCACGGCAACGGCACCAACGGCUCGGACCCGCCGCUGCACGGAACGCCGGAGAGCAGCCAAUCACGGUCCGGGGAAAGUUCGGAGCGCGAAGCCGAUUGGACGGCGCUGAGCGGGAACCAAGAUUCAGUGUGUGGUUGGACAGACUGGCUGUCCUACGGUCAGACUCUCUUCAUGGUCGGCCUGCUGCUGGGAUCUCUGUUCGGAGGAGCCAUAUCCGACCGGUACGGGAAGCGCCCGGUGCUGCUGGUGUGCGUGUGCAUGCAAGCUGUGUGUGGCCUCGUGCCCGCCGUCCUUCCUCAGGCGCUCGUCUUCCUCGCUGUCCGCUGCCUGACGGGCGUCUGCUGCUGCUGCAUCAACAUCUGCUCCUUCAGUCUGGCUGUGGAGUGGACCCUCCCUGCUGCUCGGCUCUGGCCGCCGGCCUUCCUGCCGUUCUGCUUCAGUCUGGGGACGAUGGGUGGAGCGCCGCUGGCCUGGCUCAGCCCCACCUGGAUACAACUGCACCUGGCGCUGUCGCUGCCUCAGCUCAUCUGCCUGCCGCUCUACUUCUCAAUCCCAGAGUCUCCUCGCUGGCUGUCGUUAAAAAGGAGGACAGACGUUCUGGACCGUUACAGCAGCAACAGCCCGGCAGACAAAGAGUGUCUGGACCUGCUGUUGGACUGUACCUGGUCCGACCUACAGAAAGCCACUGAGGCCCCGAAGGAGGGGCCUCUGGGAAGCCACGCCCCCAGUGACAUCAUCCACCUCAAACACCCGACGGUCUUGCUGCGGCUGUUCAUCAUGAGUUACCUGAGUGCAGCGUCAGCGUUGACAUACUUUGGCAUCUGUAUGAACAUCGGCUCGUUUGGCGUUGGCGUCUACUCCGCCCAGUUCUUCUCCGGCCUAUCAGAGGCUCCGUGCCUGCUCGUCCCAUUGGUUCGCCUGGGGCGCCGGCCAAUCAGCAUGCUUGCUCUGUUCCUGAGUGGAGCGGCCUGCUUCCUGUCGUUACUGCUGUCCAGAUACAACGCUGAGCCUGUGCUGGUGAUGAGUCUGGCUUUGCUGGGAAAACUCUGCAUCCUGGCAGCCAUCUUCAUCUCCAUACUGUACAGCAUCGAGCUGUUCCCCACAGUAGUCAGACAGCGCUGCGUGUCCCUGGUCAACCUGUGUUUCCGGGUCGGAUGUCUGGUCAACUCCCUCGUCCCCCCCAAUCCAAAUGGAGCGAUCUCACUGGCUGCCAUGGUUGUGUACAGCAGUGGACCAAUUGUAGGCUGCGGCCUGUGCCUGCUGCUGCCGGAGACCAGCGGCGUCCCACUUCCUGAUUCGGUGGAGGACUGUGAUGCCCAGCCUCGGCCCCGCCCACCCAGCAUGGGUGCCCUCUGGAGGACAAGGAAGCUGGUGAGCAGCCAAAGCAAGAAUACGGAGACGGUCCCUGCAGAGAAAGACGACGCACACACAGGACUGAUAUGAACACACACACACACACACACACAGAGUGUUAGUUUAAUGAACUUCUUUCACUUCUGUUUAGUUCUGAUUUCAAAUUAAAGACCAAAACAAAAAGAAAGUGAGGGAGCACGAAGCGAUCUCUGAGUUCAGAAGGCGAAUGUUUCUUAAUGUGUUGUUUUUAUUCUCAUGUUGUUGUUUUUGUCACUGAAAAUAAACUUAACUGAAACACA